AUGACGUUAUUAGAUUUUGUUUUGUUUCUAUGAUUCAGUUUUGGUUCAUAUGCUUCUGAGGUUCACCUGAGUCAGGUGUCACUCCUGUAACUGUUUCGUGGUGUUGCUCGCGAACCUAUCGUGGUAAGGGACCAGAAUGGCGUCUGACGGAAAGUGGCUGUGGAAAACGACAUCAGUGGAACAGUUCUUCACUACUUAUAAUGUCAGUUACCAGCUCACACUCGCCACCCGAGAACCUCUUCUUGAAGAUGAUCUUCGCCGAGCUGUCACCCAUCUCUCAAGAAAAGUGCCUUUGUUGCGGCUGUGCUAUGCUCAACGAGAGGGUGAAUGGUGGCUCAAGGAGAUGCCUCAAGAAAUCAUUGACUUUGAGAUGAUCCCAGAUGUAACAGUAGAAGACGCACACCAGAAAUGCCUUACGUACCAGUACGAUAUCAAAACUGGUCCUCUGUGGUUUGCUAAACUCAAACCAGACUCGCCUUCCAUGGAGGGUGUGCCGAAUAUGGCUGGCUUUCCUUACAUGAAUACGGUCUUCCUGGGCCUCUACCACGGCAUAACUGACGGGUAUUCCAACAUGAAGAUCUGUGGAUUUCUCAUCCAACUCCUCGAGGAUGUUAUUGCAUGUAACCCCUUCAACGACGAAGAGCAACUAGGCAUCUGUGUAUCCGGAGAAAAAACACAGCAGAUGGUUGAUGAACAAUUUCGAGCUGUAAAGGCCGAUAGUAAAUAUAAAGAAAAGAUGAUGGAGGAGUUUCAGGCCAGCCAGAAAACUUGCCUCCUCGCAAGCUUGAUUCCUGAAGGUGCAGGAGAGAAAAAACCCAAGACUCGCAUGGUGCUACGGAACCUGGACACUGACGCCAGCUCCACCUUCUUCAAGCGGUGUCGCGAAGAAGGUGUUACUGUUAAUUCAGCCUUCACUGCCCUCAGUAGCGUUGCCAUGGUCGAUAUCCUGGUGGAAGGAGGUAUCGACCAAGACACUUAUAGAAUUAGCAGUAAUCAUGUGGUUAAUGCCCGCAGGUAUUGGGGAGGUGACACUUCCGAAUACCUGGGGUGUCACGCCCUGCCAACGAAUCCCGUGGCUGUGGAUACACCACGCUCUGUUGGCGCGAAAUUCUGGGAUUACGCUAGAGUGUUACAUCGCGAGUUUCAAAGGACUUUGGAAACGGACAAGGCCGUACAUAUUGAAGCAAUGAAACAAAUAUGCCGAUCCGAAAACCCGGACUCUGGUGCUCUUUCUAAACAGUCCCAGUUUGACUUUUGUGUGACAAACAUGGGGGAUGUGACGGCGCUUGUAACGGAAGGCGGGGCUCAUGUCCAGGCGGUCCACGUCCUCAGGUGCACAGCCAUUCACCCAGUGCCCAACCUCUGGGCUCAUUUUCUACAUUCCUUCCGUGGCAGGCUUAUCAAUGUGUUAGCUUACAGCACUGAAAACAUCAAUGAAGAGAUGGCAGAGAACUUUUGCAAUAAAGUUUUCCAGCAUUUGCACGAUGCAGUUAAUAUUAAAAAGUAAUUUCAACCAUUUUCUUCAUCUUUAGCAUUAGCAUUUCCGUUCUCAGUAUAUUAAUGCUAUGCUAUUUAAAAGUACUUUUUAUAUAUUUCAUUACAUGUAACAUAUUCCAGGUUUUAGUAUGUGAUCUAAUUUUUAUGACUAGACCGGUUUAAAAUAAAGUAACAUGAUUAAAUAUGUAAAAUAUUUUUUUAAGAUGAAUAAAAAAUUACCUUACAUAAUUUGUUUAUAAUUUAUACUUUGUCGUUCAUCUGAGAUACAGUAGGUCUACUAAAUAGCAAGAUAAAACUGAUCAUAUGACUAAAGUGAUCAUUCAUAAAACCACAUAUUAUAAGAGAUGGAGGGAGAUAAACUAAUAGGUUUUCCGCCCCCCCCUCCCCACGCACUGGGACGGCGUCCGGUUA